ACACCACCAAUGACCAAACCAUAAUCUACAUAGGAGUAGCUAUAUAGAUCACAACUUCCAUUUCACUCUCUGUCACUACUACACUGCACAUAUAUAUAUAUAUAUAUAUAUAUAUAUAUAUAUAUAUAUAUAGUAGAAUAAUCAGUACAUAUAGAAGAAGAAGAAGACCCUUCAAAUUAAGUAUCAAUAUAUAUAGACCCCUAGCUAGCUAGCACAUCUUCCUUAAUUUCUAUCUCUCUCUCUCUCUCUAACCCUCUCUCUAAUUAUAUUAGUAUUAUUUGUCUUAAUUCCCAAACAAAAGUAGUGUUGGAAGCCCAUCUGAUGUUCUCUUCUCUCUUAGAAUUCGAAAGCAUCUAUUCAUGAAAUAUAUAUUCCUUCAUCUUAUUAUUAAUUUGAUUAUCAAGCAGUACUCUCUCCUCCAUAUACAUAAAUAUAUCUAUUAGUAUUUUUGUAGGUAGAUAGUGGUAGUUGAGAGAAAGGUAGACAGGAUGAGAAGUGGAGGUUGCACACUGCAACAAUCUCUAACCACAGAAGCAGCCAGUGUGGUUAAGCAAGCCGUAACCCUUGCUAAACGGCGUGGCCAUGCCCAGGUGACUCCCCUCCAUGUAGCCAACACCAUGCUCGUCUCUUCCACCGGCCUCCUCCGCACAGCUUGCCUUCAAUCCCACUCCCACCCCCUCCAAUGCAAAGCCCUUGAACUUUGCUUCAACGUGGCCCUCAACCGCCUCCCUACCUCCUCAUCCAGCCCCAUGUUGGGUGGUCCACCUCAUUCCCAACAACAUCCUUCCAUUUCUAAUGCCUUAGUAGCCGCCUUCAAGCGUGCUCAAGCCCACCAGCGACGUGGCUCUAUAGAAAACCAGCAGCAGCCCCUCCUAGCUGUGAAGAUUGAACUGGAGCAACUCAUAAUAUCUAUCUUAGAUGAUCCUAGUGUAAGCAGAGUCAUGAGGGAAGCUGGUUUCUCCAGUACCCAAGUGAAGAGCAAUGUAGAGCAAGCUGUCUCUUUGGAAUUAUGCUCUCAAACAGGCAAUAAUAAUAAGUCCAAAGAUGUCAAUAGCCUUCUAGUCCUGACCACGUCCCAUGACUCUCCUCCUCCUGAUCCCGCCUUAUCUCAUCAAAUUGGAUCAGAAAAAGAAGUAGGCAACAACAGAGCAAGGGCGGGAUCAGAUCAUCAAGUAGUAGUAAACAAUAAUAUUAGGAAUAAUAAUGAAGAUGUGAUGAGGGUGAUAGAGAACAUGGUGAAUAAGAGAAGAACAAGUAUUGUGAUUGUAGGAGAAAGUCAUGUUAGUAUAGAAGGUGUAGUUAAAGGAGUGAUGGACAAGGUUGAGAAAGGAGAUGUUCCUGAGGCUUUGAGACAAGUGAAGUUUGUAAGCCUCCCUCCAUCAUAUAUGCAUCUCUCUAGAGAAAAGGUUGAACAGAAGCUUGGAGAGCUCAAGUGCCUCAUUAAGAGUCCUAUGAGCAAAGGGGUUGUUUUGUAUUUGGGAGACCUGAAAUGGGCCACAGACUACUACUAUAGGGCUACUACUAAUUAUGAUCAAGGGAGGAGCUACUACUGUCCAGUGGAGCACAUGAUCAUGGAGCUUGGAAGACUGGUUUGUGGAGUAGUUGGAGAGGGUGGAAGCUGCAGGUUGUGGCUCAUGGGGCUUGCAACUUUCCAAACUUACAUGAGGUGUAGGACCGGCCACCCUUCUCUAGAAACUAUUUGGGGUCUUCAUCCUCUUACAAUUCCGGCAGGCGGUUUGGGGUUGAGUCUCAUCCCUGACAGUGAUAUACAAAGUGAAUCAAGAAGCAAGAAAGCAGCUGCAGGAAGUAGUUUUAGUUGGUUUAUGCUUGAAGGUAAAGAGGAAGAUCAGCAGCUAACUUGCUGCGCUGAAUGCUCCGCCAAGUUUGAGAUUGACGCUCGCAGCUUACAGAGCAGCACUUGCAACAGUGAGGCCACCACCUCAAGUCUCCCUUCAUGGCUACAACAAUACAGGGAUGAGAACACAAGACUUAGCAGCAAUGAUCAGGACUCUGUUCCAGUCAGAGAACUCUUCAAAAAAUGGAACUCAUUCUGCACUUCAGUCCACAAACAACCCCACUCAUCUGAGAGAACUAUAACCUUUUCUUCUUUAUCACCUUCUUCCUCUACUUCUGGUUUUUCACAUGACCAAUAUCAAUACCCUAAUUUGCACCAAGGUGGUUCAGUUUUCGAACCCAAACAUUCUUGGAGGGACCAUCAUUUUUGGAGUAGUACUACUUCUGAGGCUGCUAACAAGAGCCUUGAACCAAGUUUGAGAAUGUACAUUCCUGAGCACAAAGAAUAUUCCAAACAAGCAUUUUGGUCCAAUCCUAAUUCCACCCCUAAUUCAGCUUCUUCAAGCGACGUCAUGGAGACGGAGUAUGUUCAAAGGUUCAAGGAGCUCAGCUCUGAGAACCUGAAAACUCUAUGCACUGCAUUGGAGAGAAAGGUCCCAUGGCAAAAAGACAUUGUUCCUGAAAUCGCUAGCACGAUAUUGCAGUGCAGGUCCGGUAUGGUGAGAAGAAAAGGGAAGGUGAGAAGUACUAGUGAAGUAAAAGAAGAGACUUGGCUGUUCUUCCAAGGAGUUGAUGCAGAUGCCAAAGAGAAGAUUGCUAGGGAAUUGGCUAGACUUGUUUUUGGCUCACAUUCGAGCUUUGUAUCAAUUGCUCUGAGCAGCUUCUCAUCCACGAGGGCGGAUUCAACUGAGGACUUGAGAAAUAAAAGAUCAAGAGAUGAGCAAAGUUGCAGCUAUUUGGAGAGGUUUGCUGAAGCAGUAUCUACUAAUCCUCAUAGGGUGUUCUUGGUUGAAGAUGUAGAGCAAGCAGACUAUUGCUCUCAAAUGAGGAUUAAAAGGGCUAUUGAAAGAGGAAGAAUAACCAAAUCAAAUGGUGAAGAAGUUAUUCUCAGUGAUGGUAUCAUCAUUUUGAGCUGUGAAAGCUUCAGCUCGAGAUCAAGAGCCUGCUCUCCACCUAUCAAGCAAAGAUCAGACGGUUGUGAAGAAGACAAAGGUGGUGGUGGGUUGGAGGAAACAAGCCCUUGUGUCUCUUUGGAUUUGAACAUUUCCUUUGAUGAUGAUGAUGAUAAUGCUGAGGAUCAGUCGAUUGAUGAUAUAGGGCUUCUUGAAUCAGUUGAUAGGCAGAUUAUUUUCAGAAUUCAGGAAUUGUAAAAAAGAAAGAACUUCAAAUGAUCAUGGCAUUAGGUGUUUUUUUUUUUUUUUUUUUUUUUUUUUUUUUUUUUUUUAACUUGUCUUUUAAUCUCAAACAUUUCUUUGCAUGGAGUGAUGGAUCGAGUUGAAAGAAUUGCUUCUUUAUGCAAAGCAACAUGUACAUGUACAUUAUUAUCCAUUAUUUUCCUGUAAUAUAUAUAUAUAUAUUAGUGUUAUUUGGUUCUGAUUAGAGAGAUCCAAAAGCAUGUUUUGAUUCUUUUGUUCCUGCAUGUACCUUCUAUCUUAUUAUUAUUAUUAUUAUUAUUGUUUUCC